UAUCGCAUGUGAACCGCUUCAUGACAAUCAUACAGGCGAAUAUUUAUCGGAGAUGGUUCUUAAUGUUUGUGAAGAUUGGGGUUUGUCGCAUGACAAAAUUGUGAGUGUUACUACAGACAAUGGCGCUAACAUGGUUAAAGCUAUUGAGAUUACUUUCGGCAGAGCAAAACAUAUUCGAUGCCUAGCACAUACGUUGAAUCUAGUAGUUGAAAAUUCUGUGAGUUCCUCUGAUGUUAAACUUUUUUUGGAUAAAGUACGAAAAAUCGUAACUUGGUUCCACCAAAGUGGUGUAGGCGCUGAAGAAUUGCGACAGAUGCAAAUGCAGGAAAGCGUUGUUGAAGGAAAAUUGAAGCAUUUGGUCGGAGAUGUGUCUACAAGAUGGAACUCACAAUUAUUUAUGAUUGAACGUUUUGUGUUAAUGAGCAGCACAAUUGGAUCUAUUUUAAUAAACCAUCCGAAUGCACCCCAAAUGCUUCAAGCAAACGAAAUCGUUGUGCUCAAAGAAAUUGGAAAAGUUUUAAAGCCUUUUCACAAUGUUACCGAAGAAAUGAGCGCUGAAAAAUAUGUGACAGCUAGUAAAGCUAUACCUAUUAUCAAGUGCUUGAGAACUUUGUUAGACGCUAUACCGAUAACCAGUGAUUUGGCCAAUCAAUUCAAAUAUUCAUUGCAAACAGAACUAAAAAAAAGAUUUGAAAACAUACAGAAAGUUCACCUUUUCUCAGUCGCAACGUUUUUGGAUCCUAGAUUCAAAAAAAUUCAUUUAGAUGAGCCAUUAUCUUUGUCAAAAACAAUUAAUUAUACCAACCGAUGCCUAAGUUUAAAUACUAGGAAUGAUGAUACUAUACUGGUGACCGAUUUUGAAUCAUCUGUUUCAUCACAAGUUGCCAGCGACGAUCAAGAUAUAUGGCAGGUACACCAUAACAAAAUAAUGGCUGCUAAUACGUCAAUGACAAAAAAUACAGAGAUAGAUUUAUAUAUCGCAGCGCCAUUAUCAAAUCUUAAAGUAGACCCUCUCGAUGUAUGGAGAAGUUCUGAGGGAACUUUUCCAAAAUUAACAGACUUAGCUUUGAAACACCUCUCAGUGAUGGCCACUUCUGCACCAGCUGAAAGAUUAUUUUCGAAGGCUGGGAAUAUUGUCAGAAAAACUCGAAACCGUAUUUUAGGAAAGCGACUACCAAAACUAUUAUUUUUAAACUCUUUGACUGAAGAUUUAUGGCAAUAAUUUUUUAAGUUUCUGAUAAAUUUUGAUUUGAGGUUUGGAGGAAGCUUCCUUUUCUUUUUUAAUGUUCAUACCCAACAAUUCUCGUUAUAUUUAAUACUUAAAUUAAUCGUUUAAUUUUAUUUUGAUUCUAGUCGAAUGUUAAUUGAUACAAAACA